AGAACCACCGCCCUAAAUCUGCGUUGCACCUCAUAAAGACAAGCCGACAGCACAACAGACAGGAGGCAUCUCGAGAUGGAGAAGACAAACGUCUCCCGCUGCUUCAGAGGAGAGAGAGACGGAGAGAGGCAUUAAGAGGAGGGGAAGAGUCGGUGACCUCCUCUCAAUCUUAUGCUCCUGUAAAACCUGCUCUUCAUCUUCUUUUCCGUAGCAAUCUCUUCGGAGCUGGCUGGUCUGCGAAACGGCAGCAGGAGAGGAGGGAUGGGCCCGGCGACGGAUGGGUCAGCGUUGCCGGUGGUCGCGGUGGCCGUCGACAAGGACAAGAGCAGCCAAGGCGCGCUCAAGUGGGCCCUGGACAACGUCGUCGGCGCGGAUCAGUCCCUUCUCCUCGUCCACGUGAACACCAAGGCUUCAUCCGGGCCACAACAAGACGCGGCGUCCGCAGCCAAGGAAGUACUUCUUCCCUUCCGAUGCUUCUGCAGGAGAAAGGAUGUUAACUGCAAGGAUAUCGUGCUGGAGAACACCGACGUCCCGAAGGCAAUCGUGGACUUCGUCUCGCAUGCCGCGAUCGAGAAGCUGGUGGUGGGAGCAUCAAGAAGCGGAUUCGUGAGAUCAUUCAGAAGCACAGACAUCAGCACCAACAUCUCCAAGAACGUGCCUGAUUUCUGCACCGUUUACAUCAUCACCAAAGGGAAGGUCUCGUCCGUGAGGAACGCCGUCCGUCCAGCACCGGCUAUUUCGCCUUUACUGGUUAAAAUCCAAAGCCAAGCGACUCAUGCAUCCGGUCCCCUGGAUCACCGCAACAGAGGUGAUGCUCCGUCUGAGACUUACAAUCUGUACAAAGAUACCGAAUCGAUGAAGUCACCGUUCAACAGGGGAAUGCAGUUCCUGACCGCAAGGUACAGUUCAGAGACCAUGUCCGGUAGCGACGUAUCGUUCGUGAGCAGUGGCAGGCCAAGUUUCGACCGCGCCUUCCCUACGAGGUCUUCCUACAUGUCGUCAGAUCGCAGCUUUGAGUCGGUGCAAUCACCACGAAGGUCAGUGGGGGCUUACUCAUCUGGGACCGGGUUCUCGUCUCUGUCUCACGACAGCUUCUCGUCCGAGGCAUCGGAAUCUAUCGAGGCGGAGAUGAAUAGGCUGAGAUUAGAACUCAAGCAUACAAUGGACAUGUACAGCACAGCCUGCAAAGAAGCCCUCUCAGCUAAACAGAAGGCAAUGGAGCUCCAUCGUUGGAGGAUGGAGGAGCAGCAAAAACUAGAAGAAGCUCGACUGGCAGGAGAAGCUGCUUUGGCUCUGGCAGCACAGGAGAAGGCGAAGUGCAAGGCCGCCGUGGAGGCAGCUGAGGUUGCCAAACAGAUUGCGGAGUUUGAAGCACAGAAAAGAAUGGAUGCAGAGAUGAGGGUGCUCAAAGACUCCGAGGUGAGGAAGAAGGCCAUGGAGUGUCUCCCACAAGCGGACGUGAAGUACAGGAAAUACACGAUCGACGAGAUAGAGGUGGCCACUGAGUACUUUGCAGAGAGCCGCAAAAUUGGAGAAGGUGGGUAUGGUCCCGUCUAUAAAUGCUAUCUCGAUCACACGCAAGCUGCCGUGAAGGUGCUGCGACCAGAUGCAGCUCAAGGAAAGCUGCAGUUCCAGCAAGAGGUGGAGAUAUUGAGCUUCAUUCGGCAUCCGAACAUGGUUAUCCUCCUCGGCGCUUGCCCGGAGUACGGCUGCCUGGUGUACGAGUACAUGGCGAACGGGAGCUUGGAGGACCGGCUGCUGCGGCGGGGGAACACGCCACCCAUCCCCUGGCAGCACAGGUUCCGCAUCGCGGCUGAGAUCGGCACGGCCCUGCUCUUCCUCCACCAAACGAAGCCGGAGCCGCUGGUUCACAGGGACCUCAAGCCCGCGAACAUCCUGCUCGACCAGAACUACGUGAGCAAGAUCAGCGACGUCGGCCUGGCCCGCCUGGUCCCGGCGUCGGUGGCGGACCACGUGACGCAGUAUCGAAUGACGGCCACCGCCGGCACGUUCUGCUACAUCGAUCCCGAGUACCAGCAGACGGGCAUGCUGGGGACCAAGUCCGACAUCUACUCCUUUGGGAUCCUGCUGCUGCAGCUGAUCACCGGGAGGUCUCCCAUGGGGCUGAGGCAUCAUGUAGACCGGUCGAUCGGGAAGGGAACCUUCGCAGAGAUGUUGGACCCAUCGGUCCAAGAUUGGCCAGUGGAGGAAGCGCUGUGCUUGGCGAAGCUGGCACUGAAGUGCGCCGAGCUAAGGCGGAAGGAUCGCCCGGAUCUUGGAACGACGGUGCUGCCGGAGCUCAAUAGACUGAGAGACGCUGGGGAAGAGAACAUGCAGCAGGUGGUGUUUGGGAACAGCUUCCAGACCGCAUCGGAAGUUUCCCUGCAAGAUAUGGGAAGUGGCACUCUGCAAGUGCCGUCGGGAUAUGAGAACUCAAGAAGCCAAUACAGUGGAUCAAACAUCGUUGGAAGAUGAUGGAUGGAGCACUUGUUUUUGCGAGCGUUGGUUGAAUCAGUGUGGAGCGGUCACUGCACACGACAGGCUGCUUUGUAACACUGCUUCCUUCAUGAUGACAGCAAGAGAUGUCUGUAGCAAGCGUUUGUACCUGUGCUACUACUAGGGUGAAACCCCAAAUGUUCCUCUUAAAGUGCACGAACUACUGUUUCAUUGAUAUUAUUUCCACUGGAGUUUGUGUUGGUUUGAUGAACAGGUGAAAGUACAAUAAGCUCAAUUACAUCAUUCUCAUGACUGUUUAACAUUGUCAUGUGUUAUGUUAUUAUACCAUCACAUGUUUCUAUAUUUGGGGAUGGGGAAAUCUAUCGAUCUCCA